GUUUUGUUUUCCCCUUCCCCUGCCUUCUCUGAUGCACCGGAUGCACAGUUGGUCGUCAGCCACGUGAUCAUUUGUGAUUACUUGCGAGAAUUAUUAAUUACAGUUAUUUCGGCGAAGACAAACGUGACUUGUUCAUGCAGAACGUAAUGAAAUCCUUUCGUGAGGUUCUUUCGGGUGCUAGCAAUAUUCUGAUUUUAACCGGCAGUGGAAUCUCCGCGGAAUCCGGUGUACCGACCUUCAGAGGUGCCGGUGGAUUUUGGCGUAAAUACCAGGCGCAGCAUCUCGCGACGCCGGAAGCCUUCAGGGCAAAUCCGUCGCUAGUAUGGGAAUUUUAUGAAUAUCGCAGGCAGUUAGUGAGCAAAGUCGAGUCGAAUAAGGCUCACAUAGCUGUGGCAGAGUUUCAAAAACGCAAAAUAGCGGAGGGCAAAAGAGUAUCGAUCGUCACGCAGAAUAUAGACGGACUGCAUCAGAAAGCUGGGGCGCGGGACGUGGUGGAGCUCCACGGUUCGCUUUACAAAACACGCUGCACCAAGUGUCGCAAUGUUGCUAUCAAUGAGAAUAUUCCCAUAUGCCCGGCACUAGCUGGGAAAGGAUCCCCUGAUCCAAGCAUUAUUACCUCUGAUAUCCCAACAGAGGAAUUACCACGUUGCAAGGUGGAAGGUUGCGGAGCGUUGCUACGACCCGACGUUGUCUGGUUUGGCGAACAGCUGGACGAAAAUGUAUUACAAAGAGCUCUUGACAUCGUUGAAACUUGUGACGCUUGCUUAGUUAUUGGGACUUCAGCAAUCGUCUAUCCAGCCGCAAUGUUCGCGCCACAAGUGGCACAACGCAAUGUACCAGUAGCGGAAUUCAACAUAGAGGAAACGCCAGCCACGGGACAAGUGCAGUAUCAUUUCCAAGGCCCCUGUACUACCACUGUGACGGAAGCACUGGCGCUCUAAAAUGGGAUUCGAACGUCUUGAUAUAAUUUAAUGAUCGAAUUAUCGUGCAAUUAAAGUCGACAGCGAAUCGCCAGGACCUUUCACCUCUACGAUCUUGUACUGAAACGGAGACACAUCGAGCUGUAAUUUGGUUCAAUCUCUUUCUGAUGAAACAUUUCAUCAAGAUUUGUUUUUUUGAACGCUAAGUUCCUUAAAUUAUAUGUAAGAAAAUGUAUUUUACCUUUUCUGUAGAUACAUUCCACACAAUUAAAUCUGGGAAGCCAGCUCUCCACAAUAAAAAAUUA